UCUUGCUUUUUAUUGCUAAACAAAUCUGGAGCUCUCUGUCACUUUGUGUGGAGUGGACAUCACCUACAAAGCCUGUUGAAUAGCGUGUUGGAAGUCCACCACCUUGGUGGUAGAGUGACUAGCCCCAAGAUUAAAGAUAAACUAUUCUGAAAACGUUGAUUUUUCUACCUGACUCAGAAUAAUGGAUAUAAAAGACCGAAGACACCGCUCUCUAACAAGAGGUCGGUGUGGAAAGGAAUGCCGCUAUACAAGUUCUUCAUUGGACAGUGAGGACUGCCGAGUACCAACUCAGAAGUCCUAUAGCUCAAGUGAGACGUUGAAGGCCUAUGAUCAUGACACCAGAAUGCACUACGGAAAUAGAGUUUCUGACCUAGUUCACAGGGAGUCAGAUGAGUUUCCAAGACAAGGAACUAACUUCACCCUUGCAGAACUAGGCAUCUGUGAGCCGUCUCCCCAUCGAAGUGGCUACUGCUCAGACAUAGGAAUACUUCAUCAAGGCUAUUCCUUGAGCACCGGGUCUGAUGCUGACUCAGACACAGAGGGAGGAAUGUCUCCAGAGCAUGCUAUAAGGCUGUGGGGGAGAGGGAUAAAAUCCAGGCGCAGUUCCGGUCUGUCAAGUCGUGAGAACUCGGCCCUUACACUGACUGACUCUGACAAUGAAAAUAAGUCAGAUGAGGAAAACGGUAGGCUUGUUUCUUGAAUAUAU